AUGGCUCCAGCAGUCCCCCGAUUACGCAUUCUGUCAGUGGGCGGUAAUGCUGUCUCGGCCUUCUUAUCAUGGCGACUGCAAGCAACAAAUGCCUGCGACGUCACCCUCGUAUGGAAGUCGGGAUACGAGAGCGUUGCCCAGUACGGCAUAUCCUUCAAAUCCCAACUCUACGGCAACGAGCGGUUCAAGCCCCAUGCUGUCGUCCGCACUCCCGAAGAUGCCGCGCAUUCUUCCAAGCAGCCAUUUGACUACGUCCUCCUUUGCGUAAAAGCCCUGCCCGAUGUAUACGAUAUUGCCAACAUCAUUGAGUCGGUCGUCUCUCCUCAGCAUACGUGCAUCCUUAUGAACACUACACAUAGCCUUGGCGUUGAAUCAUAUCUCGAGCAGCGUUUCCCUACAAACGUAGUGCUUUCAUUGGUAUCCGGAGCAGAAAUUUCGCAGCUUGGAGCUAGCGAAUUUGAACACAAAGGCGCGACCGACAUCUGGGUUGGUCCUGCUAACAAGAACGCCAACAUCCCGCCGCAGAUCCAGUCAGACAUGGCUGAGGCUCUGGCCAUGACGCUGAGCUCCGGACAAGUCGACUGCAAGGUCUCCUCCAACAUACGACAGCAGCAAUACGAGCGAAUGAUAGGUCCAAUCGCUUUCCACCCUGCCAGUGUUGUGUUCGAAACACCCAACCACACUGAGUUGAUGGAGAAGGUCGGCGUACGGGCCCUUGUCACUGGUGUGCUUGAUGAGAUGAUUGCACUCGCCAAAGCCUCAGACUGCACAUUUCCCGCCGACUUCCGGGAAACGACGCUUCAAGAGUUCACCCGCCCGCAAGAAAACAACAGCACUAUGUGGAUGGACUUCGAAGCAAAGCGGCCUAUGGAAGUUGAGACUUACCUUGGAUCUCCUUUGAAGCUCGCACAAGAAGCCGGUGUUGCUGUGCCUCGGAUCGAGACUCUAUACGCCACACUUCAUCACCUCAACAUCGUCAACCGAACACGCCCGGCUGCUCCAGUAGCUGCCACACAAUCUCCUCAGAAUGGCAUGCAGCCACCUCCCAGACAAUCCUCAGCACCAAUGCCCCGUGGUCCCCCUGUCAAAGGCCCAAUGAUGAACGGCAACGGUCCCAUGAACGGUGGCCCUCGCCCCGGAAGCCGUGCUCCUUCCAUCAACGGAGGUCCUCCAAUGAUGCGUCGUGGCCCACCUCCAGGCCCCAACGGCUAUCCCCCAAGGAUGAACGGAGCCCCCAAUGGCCAACGACGUCCCUCGUUCGAGGAGAACGGUAACUUGGAGGAGUUCUCGCAUCUGAUGCUCUAUGAUGAUAUGGUUCCUGAUGGCGCUGUCAACGGAGGUCCUUACGAGAGCGCCGGAAGCUCUUCCAACAACCUGUCACUUCGCGAGCGAGAACUGAUGCUGAGGCAGAGAGAACUGCAGAUCAGAGAACAGGAGAUGAAUAUGCGAGGCGGCCCGCCAAUGGGUCGCGGUGGUCCUGGCCCAAUGGGUCCUCCAAUGGGACCCAUGGGCCCUAUGGGCCGUGGUCGAGGACGGCCUCCGCCACCCCAAUCAAUGGCCGGUUUCGACGACGAUGAUGACGACGGCGAUGACUACUUUGAUCCCAUGGGCGGUCGAGGAGGUCCAAUGAUUGACCCCGACAACUUUGACAUGAUGAGCGUAACUUCGCGUCGCAACCGCUCAGCUCCUAGUGCUAAGCAGAUUCGUAGCAACCCUGAAGGCGCAGGUUUUGGUCCUGGACCCAACAGAGGAGGACGCAAUCCAUUUGGGCGUCCAGGAAUGAACAAGAAUCGGAGUAGUGCUCGGUUGAUGGCAGACGUUCCUGGUCUCCACGACUCGAUCAUGAAUAACCCCCUUAUGGGCUACUCGUCGGAUCGCUACGGACACGUCGAUCGCGGCGCUAUGGGCGCUCAAUCCAGAACCAACUCACUGACAUCAGCUCGUCUAGAUGAGCUCUCAGGUGGCGGAGGCUACGGUGCUUACCCGACGCCGAACAGCCGCCGUAUGAGCCAGUCACCUGGCAACCCUCUCAGCCCGGGCCCGCGACCUAUGGGCCGACCAUCACCGCCAAACGGCUUCAAUGGCAUGCCUCCUAAUGGAAUGCCUCCCAACGGGCGGCGGCCAUCGCCCCCUGGCAUGGGGCAGCCAGUACCAAGACACCCUGGCCAAGGAAACGCGGUGGCGCCACAACAGGUUGAACAACAUGCUGGGGUGAGCAAUCUAUACCCGCCUAAGUCACGUCCCCAAGUUCGCAGUCUGACUGGAAGCGCUUCAAAUAGUUCCGCUAGCGCAAAAGCUGAAGAUUCGACGGAAAACUCAGCGCACAGCAGCCAAAGCAGCCUCGGACCCCGUCCUCCGGUCGCGGUCCAGCAACAAGAAUAA